AUGAUAUCUGGUAAAAUCGCCAAACAGCCGACAAAAAUGCUUAUUGAUUCAGGUGCAUCGUUAACAUUGAUUAAUUCAAGCUUAUUUAAUCGAUUACCCUACCACAUUCGUCAACGUGUUGAAUACCAAACGGGAAAUUUGCAAUUACAUUUAGCUAGGGAUGUACCGAGACCGAGACAAAACCGAGAGUCUCGGUCUCGUUGGUCUCGGUCUCGAUCUGUCUCGGUCUCGGUCUCGAUCUGUCUCGGUCUCGGUCUCGAUCUGUCUCGGUCUCGGUCGUCUCGGUCUCGGUCACAGUUUGAUCUUUCUUAUUUUUAG